CUGCGGAACUGUGCGAUUCCCAGGGGCGGAAGCAUGCAUCCAGAGGCGAAGGAACCGGACUGCGGCUUCAGCGAAGUGCUACCGCGGGAACUGGGCUCUCUCUUUUCCGACACCUACACGGAAGAGAGCCACUACGCCUUCUGCGGGACGGAGCUGCGCAUCACCCAGCACUAUGGGGCCAACCUUGGUGUUGCUGCUCCGGUGUGGGAUGCUGCAUUGUUUCUUUGUGGCUACUUCGAAGAACAGAAGUUGGAUUUCAAAGGGAAAAAAGUAAUUGAGUUGGGAGCAGGUACAGGCAUUGUGGGAAUUCUCGUGUCCUUGUUAGGUGGGCAUGUGACUUUAACAGAUCUCCCCCAUGCUUUGUCUCAGAUCCAAAAGAAUGUCUCUGCCAAUGUCUCCUCUAACAACCCUCCUCAGGUCUGUGCACUGUCAUGGGGCCUUGACCAAGAGAAAUUCCCACAGGACUAUGACUUUGUCCUUGGUGCUGAUAUUGUGUAUCUGCAUGACACCUACCCUCUUCUAAUCCAGACUCUGCAGUAUCUUUGUGGACCUCAGACUUCCAUAUUUCUCUCUUCCAAGAUGCGCCAGGAACAUGGAACUAUGCACUUCUUUCAGGAUAUUCUACCCCAAUAUUUUGCUUCAGAACUAGUUAAGAGGAACAAAGACGAAGAGAUAAAUAUCUACAAAGUGACACGCUAUCAGAACUAAAGAGGGACAAUAACUUAAUUUUUAUUCCAGAAGUAUCAAACUUUAAACCAUAUUUGAAAGCAUAGUUUUUUUCAUCUCAAUCAUUCCCCACUAUACUGUUGCCUUUAGGGACCAUGAUCGGUAGGGGCUAGAGUUGCUACUACUUUUAUAAUGUAAAUGUAUAUUUUCUAAAUUGGAUUUUUACUUAUGUAAAUUUGUGAAUCUAAGGUUAAUUACAAUAGUAGAAUUGCAAAUAUAUUUACAAAUAACUUAAAAACCCACAGCCAUUUUUAACGAGUGGAAAAGUACAUAUACCUAUACAGACCUAUAACACACAUAUAAAAAUUUACAAAUACACAUGCCUAUACUAAACUAACUAGGUUUAGCUUUGAAUAUUAUGGCUGUCCAAAAAGUCAUCAUGAAAAUUAUGUCAUUCUGCAAUCACAGAGAUUAGUUCUUUUAGAACCAUGUAAUGAAUAUCAUUCGGUACUGGAACUUUGUUUACUUUUACAUGUUGUCUAUUUUGAACUUCCUACUGAGUCAUCCAGCCAUCAAUAGAUACAUUAUUAGACUUGGGUCAAUAACAGAGAGAGAAACUUUCAUUAACUGGUUCCUCAGUUUUGUAAACAGAUUAAAAAAAAAAUACUUUAAAUUCACUGCUCUCUCCUUCUCUCAUCAACCAGUUUACCUUCCUCUGAUACUAACUUACGACAUAUUAAAAAAAUAAUUUUGUAUUUAUUUUACACUGCAAUGUCAUUUUAAUCUCUAUUUUAGCUUAUCUCAUUGCUUUUUUUGCAUGUUUUUAGGCCUUUAUUUGUACAUAAUAAUAAGUUUCAGCUGUCCCAAGUAACUUGCAUGCCUUAAAUGCUUGUUUUUUUUCUUACCAACCUCAGUGAAAAACUUAUCAAAUUAUAAAGGUUUUGCAUCGGUA